AUGGAGGACACACCCCCUCUUGACCGCACAACCACGACAGCGGAAUCUCUCCGGUCUCCGAAAUCGUCGCCUUCCCCUGAUGCGCCUUCUUCGCCUGACACGACAAUAACCGAGCCGGAGCAGUCACCUGGCGCGGACGACGAUAUCUGGGACACGUCAUCCGAUCAUUUCCCUCUCGGGGCGGGAGCUCAAUAUCCUGACCAUGAUCUGGACACUCAUCCUCCCGAUGAUGACUCGCAUCCCAGGUUUGCGAGGGGUGCGAUCCUCUCCGACCUCCCCGCGCUGAGGAGACAGCAUAUGACGGACGGGUAUCGCGAGGGGCUGUCCGUGGGCAAGGCACGGGUCAUGCAGAGCGGCUUCGACGCGGGAUAUCCGCUUGGUGUGGAGGUUGGGCUGAGGGCUGGGAACGUGCUGGGCGUAUUGGAGGGGGUUAUUGCUGCGCUCACGAGUUCGAAGGCUGGUGCAGGCUCGGCCAGGAUAGCAAGGACUUCAAAGGCUUCGACUGACGGCGGGCAAAAUUCAACGGCCACUGAGAUCACCUCUGCGUUUGCGUCUGGAAAAGGGGGAUUAGAAACGAUGACGGGCUCGACGCGUGAAGUCGGCAACAAUGGUGCUCGGAACCGGGAAGAAUUGAGAUUCGUUCGAGCUUUAUAUGCUCGGGCACAGGAAGAACUGAAAAUCUCGGAACUACUGAAGGGAUUGGGCGACGACAAGAUUGCAGCGAUUCCAGACGCGGUGGCGUCCAAGCAUGAGAAGAAUUCGCCAGCGGACGGAAAAGCUGAGAAUGAGCCAUCAUUGCCGAAAGAAAUCGAGGACGCACUGCGAAAGUGGGAACGGCUCGUGCUUGGUGCUUUGGAGCAGAGACAUUCUCCAGAUGGAUCUGAUUCCGCGGCUUUGGUGACUUCGGCAGGGAAAGAAGCUACAUGA